CUUCGCAAGAAAUUCGUGAAGUGGGAAGUUCAAUAAAAAGAUCACAAGAAACGACAGUAAAUAGUUCCACAAGCAUUUCGUCUGAAACUACAACAGAGAGCACGGCAGGUAAUUCACCAGAAACUGCAGCAAAGAGUACGACAGAUAAUUCACCAGAAACUACAACAGAGAGCACGACAGAGGCACGAGAAACUACAACAGAGGGUACGACAAAUAAUUCACCACAAACUACAACAAGGAGUACGACAGAUAAUUCACCAGAAACUACAACAAGGAGUACGACAGAUAAUUCACCUGAAACUACAACAAGGAGUACGACAGAUAAUUCACCUGAAACUACAACAGAGAGCACGGCAGAUAAUUCACCAGAAGCUACAACAGAGAGUACGACAAAUAUUUUGCCAGAAACUACAACAGAGACUACAACAGAGACUUCAAAUGUGAGUUCGUGUAAGAUGCUGCAUUCAAUGGGCUACCAAACAAGUGGUGUCUACUCCAUCAUUCCUAGUGGGGCAGAUGCGAUCGAUGUUUACUGUGAUAUGAUCAGCGACGGCGGAGGGUGGACAGUUUUUCAGAAACGUUAUGAUGGGUCUGUCAAUUUCUACCGCAACUAUGCUGAGUAUGUCCAAGGAUUUGGUGACGUCAGCGGCGAAUACUGGUUGGGGUUAGAUAUCAUCUAUUUGCUGGCCAAAGAUGGGGUUGAGCUCCGAAUCGAUAUGGUGGAUUACAGCAACAAUCAAGUCUAUGCCCAUUAUAGUCAAUUCAGCAUUGGAAGCCCUAUCACGAACUACCGAGUAACUUUCUCAUCAUAUUCUGGUACUGCAGGAGAAGGACUCAAUGCGGCCAACGCACAAGGCUUCACGACCUAUGACCUGGACAAUGAUAAUUUAGCGGGUAACUGUGCAGUUGAUUACCAAGGGGCGUGGUGGUAUCAAAGUUGUUACACGUCCAAUUUAAAUGGUGUUUAUGGAAUUCAAAACGAGCUUCGUGGGAUCGUAUGGAACUGGCCUGAACCAAAGUACAUGACAUCUACAGAGAUGAAGUUGAGAGAAUCCUCUUAAUUUAUUCAUUUUUGCGCCAUUUGUCUUUCUUAUCUCGAAUGUGAGCUGAAAGACAUUCCGGUAAAAAUAUAUUAUAUAAUAUGUAUAUAAUUAUGGAUAGUGAUAAUGCCUUGCGUGACAGUCCAAAGGCCUGACAUUAUAUUUAUUGCGGCUUGUAAAGAUUUUAACUUGAGUUUUGUAUGUACAGUCAAACCUGCUUUAGUGACCACCUGUCUACA